ACGUCUUAGUAUACCGUCCAUAUUAGAAGAAGAACGGGCUUAGUCGGCACUUUGCAUUAGGAAGGUGUCCCAGGCCAGGACGUGUGAGUAGCACUUGUUCAUUGAGGUGAGUGUACACCCGGCCUGUAGGCGUCCCUCUCUCUCUGAGGAGGAGGAGGACGACAUGUGUAACCCCCGGGCACAGGCUCUGUGGUGACACACGCCUCCCUGUUUGUAGAGGAGGGACAGCUCUGUCCCAGUCCCCGGAGGACAGGAGUUUUCUCACUCAGUCCCUGGAGAAGGAGGGGAGAAGAGUGUCCUGGCAGUGCGGGGAAAGUUGUGGGAAGGAGAAGAAGAAGAAGGAGGAGGAGAGUGUGUCUGGGCAGAGCUGACACAGGACCGGCGGCUUCUUGUAUUAACAGCACACGGCGCUCACACCUCUGGACACACACUACUGGGAUGACUGGAUACAUGGGGAGCCCACGCUGAACCACCCACCAUCAUCAUCGUACCAGCAUGGGCACGGGGGACGUGUGACUGCUGCAUCCCCACCACCACCGAUCUCUCAUCGGCUGACCUUUGGAUCUAGUGUGCUCCCUCCACCAUGGACUUCAUGAACAAGGAGAACAUGAACACCUUCCUCGUCUAUUACUUGGCAUUGGUAGCUUUCCUCCACACAGCAGAAGGUGCCUGUGUCUUCCAGGGUUCGCUGUUUGCGAAUGGCACUGAAUGGAAACCAGAAUCUUGUCAAGACUGUACUUGCAAUGACAACAUAGCAAUAUGUGAAAAGACGUUUUGCAGGGAUCCACAAUGUGACUUUACAAAGGGAGAAGUCUUUCGAAUAGAACAUAAUAAGUGCUGUCCAGAGUGUACUUCAAGAAAAGAAGGUGCUUGUCAGUAUGAAGGACAGGAACAUGCUCAUGGCACCCAGUGGGAACAAUCCAAGUGCACUAUGUGUACAUGUAUGCAUGCCAAGGUAUCGUGUGCCUCCAAACCUUGUCCCAAGACGCACUGCAAUGAAGGAGAAGUGGGAGUAGUGGCUCCAGGAGAAUGCUGCCCUGUAUGUUUCGGGACUGGAGAAUCGUGCUCUCUUGGUGGUCAUGUGAUGAAGGAUGGAGAGGAAUGGAAGUUGAGUCAGUGUUCUAAAUGUACCUGCAGAAGUGGGGUGACUCAGUGCUUCACAGCAGACUGUCUCCCCAUGCUGUGUGAUAAGGAUGAAAUCUUGGCUGUUGUUCCUGGAAAGUGUUGUCCCGAGUGCCUUCCGAAGUCUUGCACUGUAGCUGGAAAGAUAUAUGAGCAUGGUGUCCAGUGGAAGAAAAAUCCUUGUUCUACCUGUAUUUGUGAUAAAGGAGAGGUCAAGUGCCAUACUAAGACCUGUUCAUCACUUACAUGUUACAAGGGCCAAACCAAAAUAAAGGAACCAGGCCAGUGCUGUGAGGAGUGUGUGUCCAGCAAAGGGAGCUGCACAGUGAAUGGAUCCAUCAGGUACCAUGGAGAGCUCUGGAAUGGAAGUCACUGUGACUACUGCUUGUGUGACCGAGGGAAAGUGCUUUGCUAUCCAGCACAGUGUUCCAAAGUGGAGUGCUCAUGGGGUGAAGAAUUAGCCCAUUUUGAGGGCAAAUGUUGUCCAGAAUGUGUAUUGAGCACUAGUUACUGCCUGCACAAAGAACAUGACAGAGAGGAAUCUCCUUCAGAUCUGAGUGGAGUUAAACAUUUGAUGAAUGGAGAGAAAUGGAAAGAAGGCCCAUGCACAGAAUGUGAGUGUCAGAAUGGUCAGGUGACCUGCUUUUCUCCGUCUUGUCCCACAUGCCCUCUUGGAAAUCUAGCAGUGAAUGUUGAAGGCCAGUGCUGCCCAGAAUGCAAGCCAGAGCUAUGUAAUCCAGACUGUUUAACCUGCUCUCAGUCCGCUGACCACUGCGACAUGUGUCGGGAUGAAACUUACUUUUUGCAGAUGGGACUCUGUGUGCACAGCUGUGACCCUGGCUUCUAUCUGGACAGCCAAACAUGCCUGGCUUGUAAAGACACAUGUUCCAGCUGUAACAAUGGAUUUGAGUGUACAGCCUGCACGGGAUCUCUGUUGCUCAAAGAAGCACAGUGUGUAACGUCAUGUGGAUUGGGAUACUUCCAAAGCCAUCUUGUUUGCUCAGCUUGUCAUGAAACCUGCUCAGAGUGUAACGGGGCUUCAGAAAAUGACUGUAUAAUAUGCAAGGACCCACUGCAGGUGAAACAUCAGGGACGUUGUGUAGCCAGCUGCGGCCAAGGAUUCUUUGAACAGAAUGGAACUUGUGAAGCCUGUGAUCCUUCAUGCCACACAUGCUCUUUGGAUAGCAGCAGAUGUGUAACCUGUGCCAAAGGCAGAAUAUUUCACCAUGGCAAAUGUGUCCCACAAUGUCCGGAUGGCUAUUAUGCUGACUCCGAUGCAAUGUGUACAGCUUGUCACAAAGAAUGUGCAUCAUGUUCCGGACCACUAGCCAACCAGUGCACCUUCUGCUCCCCUCCACUGGCCUUGCUGAAAGGACAGUGUAUCAACAAUUGCGGCAUAGGAUAUUAUCUUGAUGGAACUGUCUGCAGUGCUUGCCAUCCAUCUUGUCGUAGCUGCCUGGGCCCAGAGGACUCCCACUGCACACAGUGUAUAAAACCAGAGGACUCGCUUCAGGCAGUUCAGGAGUACAGAGGAAAGCCUUAUGGGACGUGCCAGUCUCAUUGCAAGCCUCGUUUUUUCAUGGACAGUACCGGAAUAUGCCAGGAAUGCCACUCCUCAUGUAAAAGCUGCAGCGGAAGUAAUCAUUUAAAUUGUACUGGCUGCCCCACUCCAAAUGUUCUGCACUAUGGGGUAUGCUUGUCAGUCUGCCCUGAGGGAUUCUACCAAAAGGAUACAGCUUGUCAUGCAUGCCACCCAUCAUGUAAGGAGUGCAGUGGUUCUUCCGAUGCUGAAUGUCUAACUUGCCACCCUCAUGCUAGUCUUAUUGCUGGUAUCUGCAAAACCUCAUGCUCUGAUGGACAGUAUCUUAACCUAGUAGGCUAUUGUGUUGAUUGUCAUCCACAGUGUCAGUACUGUGUUGCCAAUUUACAUGAUACUGGAAGUGUGUGUUUAAAAUGCCAGUAUUCCAGAUAUUACUUUCUUGGAGACCGCUGUAUUCCAGAGUGUCCUGCUGGCUUUUUUGUGGAGGGAAGAAACUGUAAAGGUUGCCACCUGUCUUGUAGAACCUGCAGUGGUCCAGGCCUAAACUCGUGUACUUCCUGUGAGGAUGGUCUUGUUUUGUCUCACAAUGGCAUGUGUACUCAGAUUUGUGCUCAAGGAUACUACCGGGAUGGAAAUGUGUGCAAGGCGUGUAACAGCCAAUGUUUAAGUUGUGAUUCAGCAGAGGGAUGUUCUGCAUGUAAAGACCCAAAUAAAGUUUUGCUGUUUGGAGAAUGCCAAUAUGAAAGCUGCACGCAGCAGUAUUAUCUUGACUACAGUACAGGAACAUGCAAAGAGUGUGACUGGAGCUGCAAUGCCUGCAAGGGCCCUUUGAACACUGAUUGCCUGCAGUGUAUGGAGCACUACGUCCUUCAUAAUGGAGCUUGUGUUGAGCAUUGUCCACCCUCCUACUACAAGCAUCGGGACACCUGCAGAGAGUGUGCAGAACACUGCCUGUUCUGCACUGAUUCCAGUCAUUGUAGUCAAUGUGAGGCCCCAUUCUACCUGCUUGAUGGACAGUGUGCUACUGAAUGUGGAAAGCACCAUGUUGUGUCACACUCUGAUCGCAGAUGCCUUGACUGCCCUUCUGGAUGUCUUGAAUGUGAUCAGUCACUGCAAUGUAAAAUCUGUGACAGACAGACAUUUCUAAAGAACCACCAUUGUGUGCCUCACUGUGGGAGUAAUUUUCUGGGAAAUUCUAGGACCAGAAGAUGUGAUGCUAACAUUCAUCCCCCAGUGCUCCUUGUGCAUGGAUCGUUUACAGUUGGUAUUGGGGCAGUGAGACCACUGGAUUUCUCCUUUAUGAGUGUGAAAGAUGUGGAUACUGAGGAGGUCAGUCUUACUUUUCAUGUGGUGAAUGCCCCAACCAAUGGCCGCCUUGUAAAAAUAUUACAUGGCAAGGAGGUUCAUCUCAACAAAGACACAUACUUCAGCUGGAAGGAUCUGAUUGAGCAAAGAGUGAGGUUCAAACAUAGCAAAGAGAAGUCAAGGAGUGGCGUCUUCUCCUUAAAAGUCAGCGAUGGCCAGCUGUUCUCCCAAACAAAAGCCAUCAAUGUUCAAGCUGUGUCGACAAAGGCACCAUACAUACUGAGGAAGGAGGUAAUGCUAGUUGGCAAAGGAGAAAUUGGAGCUCUUACUAGUUCUGUCUUAGACCUGAGAGAUGAUGAUAAUGCCCAGGAUGUUGUAGUUGUCGUUCUUGAGGCUCCUAAACAUGGACAGCUGGUUAUUCCCCCAGGGAAUACACCCAUCCAUAAGUUCCGGCUCGAUGAUAUUAAAAAUGGAGUGCUGCAUUACAAUCAUGAUGGCUCUGACACUCAGGGUGAUGCCAUUCUCUUUCAAUUUAAUGACGGAUACUACUUUGAAAAUAUCCUCUUCCAUAUCAAAGUGUCUGAAAAGAUAAAUGGAGGACUUCAACUUGUAUUAAACUCUGCUGUAUGGGUUCCAGAGGGAGGAAUGCUUCAGAUUUCAAGCAGGCUGCUGCAGUCUAGGGCAUUUGGUGCUGCUGACUCUGAAAUCGUAUACACAAUUACAAGUGAACGCCCAAAAUAUGGUGAAGUUGUGCUUUUGGCUCCUAUGUCUGCUGAUGGACCUGCAGAUAGCUGGCAGCGUUUGCCUGAUGGAAGAUUUGCCACACCAACCACUUCAUUUACACAAAAGGACAUCGAUGAGGGCCUGUUAUGGUAUCGGCACUCAGGGUCCCACUCACAAGGAAGAGACUCAUUUAGCUUUCAGAUUUCCAGUGCCACAACAACUCAGGCACCCCAGGAUAGGCACAUGUUUAAUAUUGGCAUUCUACCAAACCAUCCUGGUGCACCACAGCUUUCUCCUGGAGCCUCCCUUCACAUGACUGCUCUUGAAGACCGCAUGACAGUGAUUGGAUCCCAUUAUCUUUCCUUUGUUGAUGCGGAGAGCCCAAGUGAAAAAAUUGUCUAUAAUGUAACUGUCCCUUUACAGUCACAUGAAGGUACCUUGGAGCACAAAGAGAGACCACGAUCCCCCGUAAGGUACUUUACACAAUCUGACAUAAAUCAAGGAAAUAUUAUGUACCGACCUCCAAGAGCAGCACCUCACAUGAGAGAAAUUAUGGACUUUUCAUUCACAGGACUCCCAGAAACUGUCAAUUUCUUCUUCACAGUUUCAGAUGGAGAGUUUACUACAGCUGAGAUGCCAUUUACUAUCCAUUUGCUUUCAAAUGAUCAGCAACCUCCAGUGUUCCAGAUCACUGCUCCUUUUCUUGAGGUCACGCAAGGAGGAAGAACUCCUAUUGGAAUGCAGCUAACCGCGAGUGACUCUGAUACUGCUCCUGAAGAUCUCUUGUAUGAACUGGUGGAAACACCUCGCUAUGGGGUUCUUUUGAAGUCUGAAGAUGGUAUACAAACCCCUAUGAGUGCAGGUGACACGUUUACAUACGAAGAUGUCAACAGAAACGCAUUACAGUAUGUACAUGAUGGUUCCGCAACUACAGAAGACAGCAUGGAGAUAGCAGUUACCGAUGGUAUUACCUCCACCACAACUCUUGUGAAAAUUGUCAUAUCACUGGCAAAUGAUAAUGGUCCUCGUCUUGUUCCUGGUUGUUUGUUGUCCAUCACUGUGGCUAGCAAAAGUUAUGCCAUUAUCACAAGGACAAACCUUGCUUACAUGGAUAAAAACUCGCACGAUUCCAAAAUCCGAAUCCAGUUGAUUUCUCUUCCAAUGUACGGUGUUCUUACAAAGGCAAAGUCAGGACAAGCAGCAGAGGAGCUCUCGGAGUUCUCCUUUUUUACCAUGGAGGAUAUCAACAGCAGAAAGAUCAAGUAUUCUACGAUAACAGAAACAGAUGACCAGGCAAUUACUGAUUUCUUCCAUUUCACUGUCUACAAUGCAGACAAUGACCGUCUGGACAAUCAGAUCUUUACCGUUAUUAUUACAGCUGUUGAAAGAAGUCUUCCUAUGAUCAGUUCUAGAGAGCAGAGUUCCAUUAGUGCCCUGAAGGUGGAAGAAGGAGGGCGAAUUUCUCUGUCAUCACGUGACUUGUUGCCCGUAGACUCUUUAGCUUUAGGACCUCGAAUCAGGAUACAUAUAGUCACUGGGCCAAAGUUUGGCUAUCUUGAGAACAUCAAAAACGGUGGUCGAACUUCUCUGGGAGGUCAGAUUGGCUCAGACUCUUCCUUUCCAAUUCAGGAUAUCAUAGAAAACUAUAUAUAUUAUGUGCAAAGUGUUCAUGACAGCGUGGAGCCAACUGUUGACUACUUUAGUUUCUUUAUGACAGAUGGAAGCAGCCAAUCUGAGGUUCACAAUGUCACCGUUAUUAUAGAGGGCAAAAAUGAUGAACCUCCACAAAUAUUUUUACUGCCUGUAAGUGUUCAGGAUAAUGCAGGAGCUGUAAUAAGGAACACUUGCUUAAGUGUUCAGGACAUAGAUACACCAGAUAAUGAGCUGAUUUUCCAUGUGACUAAAGCACCUUUAUAUGGGAACUUACGAAGGAGACAGUUCUACUCUGAACCACUGGAUAAUGGCCGCAUUCUGCUUCAAGGCUUCUACUUUACUUAUCAGGAUGUGCUGGAUGAAUUGAUUGUAUAUAUACCUGAGGGUGGAACUGCACAUUCAGAUGAAUUUAGGUUCUCUCUCUCCGAUGGUCUCUACACUGAGAGUGGAAGACUGCAGUUUAAUAUUGAGCCACAGAGGAAGGCAUCCCCAAGGAUGGCAGUAAACAGAGGCCUGCAGAUCUCAGCAGGUUCUACAGCUACCAUAACUGAGAAGAAUUUAAAGGGAACUGACAUAGAUUCAGAUGAUGAAAAACUGCAAUAUGACAUCAAGAAAGACCCUGCUGUGGGACAACUGCUGAUAUCAAAGAACAGUAAUCUGCUACCCAUUUCUGUAAAGGGACCAAUCACCAGCUUUACUCAGUCAGAUAUUAAUAAAGGAUACAUUCAGUACAAGCACAAGAAAGGAGAAUCGGGAGGAAGCUUUGCCUUAAAAUUUGAUGUGGUUGAUACAGAAGAUAAUGCACUGAUAGACCAGUCUUUCUAUAUAAGCAUAUUGGAGGACAAGCAGCCUCCAUCAAUUACUGCCAACAAAGGUCUCACCUUGGAUGAAAACUCCUGGAAGAAAAUUACCACACAGCAACUGUCAGCCACAGAUCAGGACAGCGAACCCAGAGAGCUUCUGUUUCACAUCACUAGACAACCUAGUCUUGGCCGCCUGGAGCACGUGGGUUCCCCAGGUAUAAAAAUUAGCAGCUUCAGCCAGGCGGACAUAGAAUCACGAAGCAUCCAGUACAUUCACACCAGCACAGAGGAGAAGCAUGCAGAUGAUUUCACCUUCACUGUCUCAGAUGGAUUCAAUGAGGUGUCACAAACAUUUUACAUCACCAUCAAUAAGGUGGAUGAUUCGUUGCCUGUGGUUCAAAAUUCAGGAAUGAGGGUGCAAGAAGGUGUUCGGAAGACUAUCACAGAGUUUGAGUUGAAAGCUGUUGAUGCCGAUACUGAGGCAGAAUCAGUCACAUUCACCAUUGUCCAACCACCUCGUUACGGAGUGAUUGAACGAAGCAGCAAUGGGCAGAGCUACCGUCAGACCUCUACUUUCACAAUGGAUGACAUCUAUCAGAAUCGUAUCAGUUACAAUCAUGAUGGAAGUAAUACGCUCAAAGAUAGAUUCUCCUUUACUGUGUCAGAUGGAACCAACCCAUUCUUCAUUGUAGAAGAAGGAGGAAAGGAAAUAGUAACAGCAGCUCCUCAGAGAUUCAAAGUUGAUAUCCUCCCAGUGGAUGAUGGUACACCUAGAAUUGUCACCAAUCUGGGUCUCCAGUGGCUGGAGUACAUGGAUGGCAAGGCCUCUAAUUAUAUUACAAAGAAGGAACUGAUGACGAUGGACCCAGACACAGAUGACAAACAACUUUUUUAUGAAAUUUUAAGUGGACCUAGCCAUGGCUUCCUGGAAAACAAGCUAAAGCCUGGUGUUACCCUUUCGUCCUUUACACAAGAGGAAAUAAACCUUGGUUUGAUCCGUUAUAUUCUGCGUGAAGAGAAGUACAAGGAAACAAUGGAUAAUUUCAAGUUUCUUGUGAAAGACACUAAACCAAAUGUGGUCAAUGACAACAUGUUCCACAUCCAGUGGUCUCUGAUAAGCUUCAGUCAUGUUAGUUACAAUGUGAGUGAAAAGGCAGGAUCCAUCAGUGUGACUGUGAAAAGGACUGGGAACCUCAACCAGUAUGCCAUAGUAUUGUGCCGCACAGAACAGGGCACUGCCACAUCCAGCUCUAGUGUGGGCUCCCGACCAGGACAGCAGGAUUAUGUGGAAUAUGCAGGGCAGGUGCAAUUUGAUGAGCGAGAGGACAGCAAGGCCUGUACCAUUAUCAUCAGUGAUGACCGGGUGUACGAGGGCAUUGAACGCUUCAUAGUGGAACUGAGUAUGCCUGCUUAUGCACUUCUGGGACAGAUCACUAAAGCCACUGUUAACAUUAAUGACACAGAAGAUGAGCCCACUCUACAGUUUGAUAAGAAGAUAUAUCGGGCCAGUGAGAGUGCAGAUGUCCUCUCUAUUCCUAUUGAGAGAAAGGGUGAUGCUGGAAGUGUUGUUUCUGCCAUUUGCUACACAAUACCAAAAUCUGCUAAGGGGAGCAGUCUUUAUGCUCUUGAAUCAGGCUCAGACUUUAAAUCUAGAGCGAUGACCAGUGAAAAUCGUGUCGUUUUUGGUCCUGGAGUCACAAUGUCGACCUGUGACGUCAAAGUGAUUGAUGACAGUGAAUAUGAAGACGAGGAAGAAUUUGAGAUAGCCCUUGCUGAUACAUCUGAAAAUGCCAGAAUUGGCAAUAUUGCUACAGCCAGAGUUGUUAUCGAAGGACCAAAUGAUGCUUCAACAGUCUCAUUAGGAAAUGUCACCUUUACUGUUAGUGAAGACAUAGGCUCUAUUGAGAUAUCUGUGCUCCGAAGUGGACCUGACCUUUCAGUGCCAACAUCAGUAUGGUGUGCCACUCGCCCUUCAGAUCCACCCUCUGCUACUCCAGGCAUUGAUUAUAUUCCUAGCUCCAAGAAAAUUGAAUUUAGACCUGGUAAAACAAUAGAGCACUGCACUCUGACAAUCCUUGAUGACACACAGCACCCAGUUAUUGAAGGACUGGAAACGUUUAUUGUGUUUUUAAGUUCUGCACAAGGGGCAGAACUUAUCAAACCAUUUGAAGCCACCAUAACCAUUAACGAUACCUUUCAGGAUGUCCCCAAUAUGCAGUUCAGUAAGGAUGUAUUGACAGUGAAGGAAAAGGAUGGAUUGCUUCAUGUUCCUAUUAUACGUACUGGGGAUCUGAGUUAUGAAUCCUCAGUGCGUUGUUACACACAGUCUCAGUCUGCACAAGUGAUGGAUGACUUUGAAGAGAGAAGAAAUUCAGAUGAUUCCCGUAUUACAUUUCUUAAAGGAGAAAAAGUGAAAAACUGCACAGUUUUUAUCAAUGAUGACUCCGUAUUUGAACCAGAGGAACAGUUCAAGAUAUAUCUCGGCAAUCCACUUGGCAGUCAUUGGAGUGGAGCCAGGGUUGGAAAGAUUGAUAUGGCCACUGUUACUAUCUCUAAUGAUGAAGAUGCACCAACUAUUGAAUUUGAAGAGUCUAUUUAUCAGAUCCGAGAGCCACAGGAGCCAGAUGGAGUGGCUACUUUGAACAUCAAAGUAAAAAGAAAGGGAGACCAGAAUAGGACAUCCAAAGUUCGUUGCAGCACGCGAGAUGGAUCUGCUCAGUCAGGCGUUGAUUACUAUCCAAAAAGCCGGGUUCUUAAAUUCAGUCCUGGUGUUGACCACAUCAUUUUUAAGGUUGAGAUUCUGUCAAAUGAGGACAGGGAAUGGCAUGAGUCCUUUUCAGUGGUUCUUGGUCCAGAUGACCCAGUUGAGGCUGUUCUUGGUGAUAUUACAACUGCAACAGUAACAAUUUUGGAUCAGGAGGCAGCAGGGAGUCUGAUAUUACCUUCGCCACCUAUAGUGGUAUCUUUGGCUGACUAUGACCAUGUGGAGGAAGUCACCAAAGAGGGUUCAAAAAAAUCUCCAUCUCCUGGGUACCCAUUGGUAUGUGUCACACCAUGUGACCACCACUUUCCUAAAUACUCCAUAAUGAGGGAGCGAUGUGAGGAGGCCGGGAUCAACCAGUCCACGAUUUUAUUCAGCUGGGAAGUGGCAGCGCCCACAGACUCAAGUGGGGCCCGAUCUCCUUUUGAGACGAUAACUGAUACUACCCCUUUCACAAGUGUCAAUCAUAUGGUUCUGGAUAGCAUUUAUUUCAGCAGGCGUUUUCAUGUACGCUGUGUAGCCAAAGCUGUGGAUAAAGCUGGACAUGUGGGCACACCACUGAGAAGCAAUAUUGUGAGUAUAGGAACUGACAGUGCCAUCUGCCAUACACCAGUAGUAGCAGGCACGGCAAGAGGAUUCCAGGCCCAGUCUUUUAUAGCCACUUUGAAAUAUUUGGAUGUCAAACAUAAAGAACAUCCCAACAGAAUUCAUAUCUCAGUGCAGAUACCACACCAAGAUGGCAUGUUACCUCUCAUCUCUACUAUGCCUCUGCAUAACCUGCACUUUCUUCUCUCUGAGUCUGUGUAUCGCCAUCAGCAUGUGUGCUCCAACCUUGUCACCAUCCGUGACUUGAGAGGCAUUUCAGAGGCCGGAUUCUUAGAUGAGGUGACAUAUGACAGCAUCGCUGUGGGUCCUGGUUAUGACCGACCAUACCAGUUUGAUCCUAAUGUGAGAGAGCCAAAGACUGUGCAAUUAUACAAACACCUGAACCUGAAGAGCUGCAUUUGGACCUUUGAUGCAUAUUAUGACAUGACUGAACUUAUUGACGUCUGUAGUGGUGCUGUAACAGCUGACUUUCAGGUGAGAGACUCGGCCCAGUCCUUUUUAACCGUUCAUGUUCCCCUCUACGUAUCGUACAUAUAUGUGACUGCACCCAGAGGAUGGGCAUCACUGGAGCACCACACAGAGAUGGAAUUCUCCUUCUUCUAUGACACAGUCCUCUGGAGAACUGGUAUACAGACAGACAGUGUUCUGUCUGCUAGGCUCCAGAUCAUUCGCAUAUAUAUUCGUGAAGAUGGACGUCUGGUGAUAGAGUUUAAAACUCAUGCCAAAUUCAGAGGUCAGUUUGUUAUGGAGCAUCAUACAUUGCCAGAAAUUAAAUCUCGUAUUAUUGCUCCUGAUCAUCUGGGUGGCAUUGAGUUUGACCUUCAACACUUGUGGAGCGCCCAGACUUUUGACUCUCCAUAUCAGUUGUGGAGAGCAACCAGCUCAUAUAGCAGGAAGGACUACUCAGGGGAGUAUACCAUCUAUCUCAUCCCUUGCACAGUACAGCCCACCCAGCCUUGGAUUGACCCUGGAGAUAAACCUCUGGCCUGCACAGCCCAUGCGCCUGAAAGGUUUCUUAUUCCCAUUGCAUUCCAGCAAACGAAUCGUCCAGUACCAGUAGUAUAUUCAUUAAACACAGAAUUCCAACUGUGCAACAAUGAAAAGAUCUUUUUGAUGGACCCAACUAAGACUGAAAUGUCCCUGGCUGAGAUGGAUUAUAAGGGGGCCUUUUCCAAAGGGCAAACACUAUAUGGAAGAGUACUGUGGAAUCCAGACCAAAACCUCAAUUCUGCGUACAAGCUGCAGCUGGAGAAGGUCUACCUUUGCACUGGGAAGGAUGGAUAUGUACCUUUCUUUGACCCUACUGGAACUAUAUAUAAUGAAGGAACUCAGUAUGGUUGUAUUCAACCUAAUAAAAAUUUGAAGCACCGUUUUUUGCUCUUGGAUCGAAACCAGCCGGAAGUUACUGAUAAAUACUUCCACGACGUUCCGUUUGAAGCUGGGUUUGCUUCAGAUCAAUCGGAUUUUCAUGCUAUGGGCGGUAUGCCAGGAGUGGAUGGGUUUACCAUGAAAGUUAACGCCCUGUAUAAGGUUGAAACUGGGCAUCAGUGGUACCUUCAAGUUAUCUAUAUUAUUGGACCAGAGACAAUGGCAGGACCCAGAGUGCAGCGAUCUCUAACCUAUCAGCUGAGACGUGGACGCAGGGAUCUAGUAGACAAGAAUGGGCAGCUAACACUGGAUGACUCUUUGAUCUAUGACAAUGAAGGAGAUCAAGUUAAGAAUGGCACAAACAUGAAGACUUUGAGCUUGGAAGUGGAAACAGCGGCUACAGCUGCAUCACAAACAGGCGCUUCCAUUGGAAGUGCAUUUGCAGCCAUAAUGUUAUUGAUGCUUGUUUUCUUGUCUGUGUGCCUCAUAGUACAGAAAUGCAGAAAGAAUAAGAAAAAGAAGCCACCUAAGGAUGUCACAGAAGAAUAUCCACUAAACACCAAAGUGGAUGCUUCAAGGAAAAAUAUUGAACGUGUGGAAAAGAACUUAAACAGACAGCAAUGUACUGUAAGGAACAUCAACCUUCUCAGUGAAAGUAAAGAUAGCUAUGAGGUCAAAGGCGUCAAGAUCAAACAGAAGAACUUUGAAGUGAAAGUUCACAAUAACUUACAUGAUGGGACAGAAGUUUGAUGAUCUAUGGGCUAGCACAAAAAUAUAUUUUGAUACAAAAUAUCUGCUCUUUUAUACAAAUUAAACAAGAGAACGGAGCACCAGUAUUUUUCUAUUAGUGAAAAGGGAAAGUAAUAGAGUGAUGAACGGAUGUGCAGUAUGUACUUUGACUCACAACUGAGCUACCUCGUUACGCCCAUGCGUGUGUGAGAUAUCGGGAAAAUGUUGACAUUUUUUUUUGUCCUUUUUCCCCUAGUGAUGCACUGCACAUAUAAAACACUGCCACCAAAGGUCAAUCACAUGUCAUUGUAUUAUAAUUAAUAGCUUUACCUGCACUGUAUUCAUUUUAUAGCAAGUGAUCCAACCACUAAACACAUUAUUUUAUGUUUUUCAUUAUUUUAUGUCAUUAUUGUAUACUUUCAAAGUCUUUGUCUCUAGGAUGCAAAUAUUUUCCAUAUACCAUUUUUACAUUUUUUUGUGAUACGUUAAAAUAAUUCUGAAAAUAUCAACACAUCUUUUUUAUGAAGGUUAAUAGGGAACCCAUACUGAUAUGCUUAAUUUAUUAGGUUUCCUGUAGAAUAUUAUUUUAGGGUUAAGAGGACAAUUCUCCAAGAAAAAUCAUUAAAGUUAACCUACAGUAUGUUUUAACUUUUACACCCCUAUCAAGAAAGUGAACUAGACCCACCGAUUUAACAGUUUCCCAAAGCAGUUACUUUCAAGGCAUAUUGUGAAUGAUAACUUAUAGUUUGCUUAUGUUUAGCUUUAAACUGAGCUGUCAAGCCAUCACAUGGCAACUGCAGAUCUAACAGAGGCUAAUAUGGCCAUUUCCUUGGCUCUAAAAGGAUGGGAGGCUUUAGUUCCACUGUAGGUGUAUAUCUGGACAAAAUAAAAAAAAUGUUCAUAUCUGCUAUGUUUUGUCUCUUUAAAAAUGCUGCACAUAUAGAAUAAUAUAUAUUGAUCUGCCAGAAAUCCAGCAAUCUGCCAGCUUACUGUACUGAGUUAGCAACUUUCCCCUGCUGGACAACAAAAUACCCCCUUUCCUGGUGUUGUGGAUAUGAUAAGAUAGGGAGGAGUUCUUCAGUGCCGAAGGGAAGAACAUAGGCAGCAUUGCUUGGGGUUUAAGUGCAACAGGGGUACUGGAUUUCUGGCAGAUCACUGGGUAUUUUUCUAUACGUGCAGCUUUUUUUUUAAGAGACAAAAUUUGCCCAUAUUACAGAGAUGUACUAAAUUCUUUUUAUUUUAUCCAAACAUACAUUUCAAUGAUGACAUAUUCUGUAGCAUUGUGGCAACUUUUUUAUUAAUUUUAUAAGUUCAGAAUAUGUCUGAAGGCCUUUAUUGUGCUUACUACUGAGCAUAGAUAGAAGGUGGUAGCAGGAAGGAUCAGCCUGCAGACUGAAAUAGGCUACAUUUGUGAUAUUCUAGGAGGAAUAAAUAUUAUACACAAAGUAUUAUUUUAUGAGGUAGAACGGCACUGUAAUAUGUGUAUGGUUGCCUAUAAACCUGCAUUAUUGUUCUUGUAAUUUUAUGGAAAUAGGCUUAUUUGUUUCUAAAACACUGGAUUAAACACAAUUAAAAUGAGUUUGCAGAAGCAACAUCAAUAAUUAAAAUUACUAAUAAUUUGUAUUUCAAAUAAAAAAUUAACAUACUUUUGAAAUAUAUAAUACAUUAUUAGUCUACAUUUUUACAUUGAGACCUCAAACCGCUGUCUACUACUGUAACUUUUAUUUUACAUUAAAAAAAUCUCUCUUUUUUUUGUAACACUGGCAAGUAAUUAAAUCUGCAUAGAUCAGUGGAGAAAAAAACUAUUUUCAGGCUCUAUUAAUUAAGCAUAUUAAAACUCAUAAUGCUCAAUAGAAUUGAUAAUUAGACCUCAGUGCCAAUUGGCUUUGCUCUGCUGUGAAGCUAACAUCUAGAAAUGGUGGAAAGUCUAUGGACCUAACAAAAAAAUCUUCCAUACUGUAUGUUAGUUAUGAGUAAGCUGGUUAGGCUACACUGUCUAUAAACUAUUGCGCACAUAUGUGUAGAGGGAAAAAAACUACUGCAAGUGUAAUUUGUGCAGGUACACACUGGAAUACAUGGAGCAUAAAGGGUCUUUUUUGUUUGGCAAGGGAAGGGAUGUUGCACAUCUUACAAAACUACUACUGAAAAUACAGCUUGCAAAAAUGCUUUUGGAAUUUAGUGGUAACAAAAUACCUAUUUAUCUUAAUUUUUAUAUUUUUGUUUUGGUAAGAAGGAAAUAUUCACUAUUGAAAACGUGUUUCUGCAUAUGCAUUGGAAUUUACAGAGCAAAAUGGAUCCCUCUACUCAUUUUUUUAUUUUUGUUUUCAUGGUGAGAGAGUUGUAGAGACAGUUUUAUGUCAUGCACCAACUCGGCUUCACUUUAAAAAGGCUCCCUGCUAUUAUAUUAUGAUUCUCACUACAAAAAAAAAUAUUAAAGAUAUUUUUAUAGACAAGAAUACAUGACAGGUUAUUUUUGUACACGUUCUAUGCAAUAUGUAGUUUGCCUUUAGAAAGACAUUUCCAGUAAACUUCCAGAUUGGUAUUUAUUUAGACAUGGAAACAUAAUUAUAUAAUCUCAGUAGUCAAAACAAAUGAAUGAAAACAUAAAGAAAAUCUGAUUGCCUACUGCAUUAUUUUGUGCUUUUUUUAUAUAAAAUUAUAUAAAUGAAUCUCUAAAUCUGAAAAAAAAAGCCUAAACAACAAAGAUGAAAAUAAGUCUGUACUAAAAUUUUAGGAGGUCACAUACAACCAAUGAAUAAUAUUGUCUGGAUGUUCCAAGUUCCCCUAGGUUCAUGUAAUAUUUUAUUUAUGGUCCAACAAGCAUUCAAUUUUUUUUAUAUAAACUGCAGAGGGUAGCAAGAAUCUAUAUUAUUCAUUAGAGCCAGUAUUUUGUGCCAUGUAACAUUUUUUAACUUAUUGCAAUUCCAAUCUUUUCAAUGCCUUACUGUAUGUAGAAACUCUGAAAACACAACCUGAAGCAUUAUAUUGCCUCUUGUUUUUAGCCUAGACUAAACCCAGAUUGUAUAGCAUGGUUGUCAUUUUGCCUUUCUUGAAAUGCUGGGGAGGUUGCUUUGGACAGUUGUGUUGUUGGAAUAAAAAAAAUGCUGGAAAAUGAUGUGAGUGUGCACAGAGCGAAACGCUCACUAGGGGAGUACUGAGCUCCUCUCACUCACUAUGUGCACAAGACGAGUCUUUGUAUGAGAUGACUCAGUAUCCCAGUUAUGGUGCUUUAAAUGUAGGAAUACCAACGUACCUAUUGUUUUUAUAUAUACAUAUAUAUUGUACCUGAAAUAUAUGUGCCAUGAAACAUUUAUAUUAAUAAAGAGAAUUUUGGUAAUAUUGA